AUGUUCGCCCCAGAGCUGGCCGGCCAGAAGUCAGGCCUGCGCGGCCUGGGCCAGAAGCUGUCCUCCCCCCUCAAGGGCUUCUCGGUGCAGAAGAAGGCCGACGGUCUGAAGAGGCGGGCCCAGAAGAGGCUGGCCAGCAAGCCGAAGGGUCAGGACGAGUAUUUCGCGGAGCCCGACGCGAUCUUCGUGCCGCAGAAGGAGGACCCCUUUUCCACGACGGACCAGAAGAAGAUGGUCGUUGUCACCAAAGACGAGUUUUCCUCCUCUGGGAGCUCGUCAGGGGACUCCGACUCGUCCGACUCGGACGGUGGCGGCGGCAACGCCCAGGGCGACAAGGCCAUGAAGGUCGUGGCCUCCUGCACCCUGAGGCUCCCGGCUGUCGGCGAGAGAGUGCGGCACGUGGAGUGGAUGGAGCGGGAGGACGGCGAGUGGAGCCUCAACCGGGAAGAGGUCGCGGUGGUCGCGGAGGUCGACGCGCAGGGGGACUUCAGGCUCAGGAACGAGCACGGGCAGGUGAGCCCCCACUUCUUGCUCCGGAAGUACUACUGCUUCACCGAGGUGGAGGAGCUGCUGCCCUGCCAGUCGAGAAAGCCGGAGGUCGGGUGGUGCGUGCGGAGCGACGGCCCGAAGGAGGUCACGUGCGACGAGUGGACCCUCGCGGCCGGGGAGACCGCCGAGGUGGCACAGGUCGGCCCCUACCUCGACUUCAAGCUCCGCAACCCCUCGGGCGCGACGACCCCGAAGUUCCUGCCGAUGGCGGGCUUCUCGUACGUUCAGGUCGUCCGCAGCUGCAUGGUGCGGUGGCCCGCCAUCGGGAACAAGGUCCGGAAGGACGGCGGCAGGCCGGUCACGUCGGGCGAGUGGACGCUGGCUGCCGGGGAGGUGGCCGUCGUGGCGCAGGUGGACUCGAAGGGCGCCUUCCGUCUGCGGGGCGCAUCGACUUCGGGCGGCUCGUCGAGCUCCGUCAGCCCCGUGUUCUUCCCGCGCAGAAGGUACUGCUACGUCGACGACGGCGUGCGCCCCGCCGAGGCGGCGGGCGCCCCGAGGGAGGCCGGCCUGGACUUCCAGCCCCGCCGGCCGGACGGGGCCGCGGACCCGGGGAGGGAGCCCGCGGACAAGGGCAGGAGCAAGACCAAGAUACGGAAGGCGGACAAGAAGGCCGCGGAGCCUGCCGGAGGCGCGGCGGCCCAGCAGUCCCCGCAAUUUGAUGGCCCCUCUGCCAGGCUGGCCAGGUCGGAGUUCCAGUUGCGCUCAUCUCGGGCUUCCCAGGGGUGCACAUGGAGUAUCGCGGUGGUGCUGGCUGCGGGAUCCUCGAAGGGAGUGGGUGCAGGAGGAGGCGCAGCCCCACGGUACUGGCGGGCUCCCUUUGUCGAUGGGCUCGUGCUGGGCGCCGAGUUGUGA